GGGACAGAAGCCGGGCCCCGCGCGGGCAGCAGCGCCACCCCUUGUCCCCCUCCAACGGCCCCCCGCCCGCGGCUCCCGGGGGGCCACCGGGCAGGGCGAGCAGGCCACAGCCCCGGAGAGCCUCCGCCCCGAGCCCCGCCGCCGCAGCAACGGGCGGCCUCGGCCGGUGCCUCGCCCCGGCGCGGGUCCCCGCCGGCAGCGGCGCGGCCGGGCGUGGGGAGGUGAACGCUGCGGGCGGGAUCGGGGACACCCGCCCCCCCGCGUCGCGUCGUAGGGACCCGCAGCCGCUGCCCCGUGGGCCGGCAUGUGCAGCCCCAUCCCCGCGCUGCCCCGGCCCGGCCCCCGCUCUCCGCGGAGCCGCUCUCUGCGCCUUUAACGACGGCGGCUGCGCCGCGGCGCGGCGGCACCCGGCGGCGUCUCCCGGCCGCGUCUCCGCGCCGCAGGCGAGUGGGCGGCGCGGGGCCUCCGCCGGGAGCAGAUGGGGCGGCGGAGCGCGGGGUGCCGGCGCGCCGGGGCGGCCCCGCGGGCGAGCACCUGAGGCGGCCGCGACGGGUCGGCUGCGAGCGGCAGCCCCGACAUGGCGAAAGCCCCGCGCCCAGCUGGCCCGCGUCGAUUCAGUGGUGCUCAGUGGCACAUGCAGAAUGUCCUCAAAGACUCUGUGGAGAGCUCCGAUGAUGAAUUCUUUGAUGCGCGAGAAGAGAUGGUGGAAGGAAAAAGUGCCAUUCUCAUAGGCAUGAGCCAGUGGAACUCAAACGACCUUGUUGAGCAGAUAGAAACAAUUGGGAAGCUGGAAGAAAAUCAAGGUGAAGAGUCUGCAUUUUGCUCAUCUGGCUUUCUGCAAGAAAAACAACGUGAAUUAUAUAGAUCCUCUUUAAAGAAACAAAGGUUCCCGGCACAAGGCAGUAUUGAAAUACAGGAGGACAAUGAGGAAGGAGUUCAACACCAAAACUGCAAAACUCAUGUGCUAAUUUUGAUCCUACACGGGGGGAACAUCUUAGACACUGGAGGUGGGGACCACAGCAGCAAGCUGGCAGACAUCAACACCUUCAGCUCUGUGUUUGAGAAAGUGACCCGCGCCCAUUUCCCUGCUGCGUUGGGCCACAUCUUAAUCAGACUUGUUCCCUGCCCGGCAGUCUGUUCAGCAGCUUUCUCUCUUGUUUCCAACCUAAAUCCCUACAGCUAUGAUGAGAGCUGUCUCAGCAGCAGUGAAGAUCACAUCCCACUGGCUGCUUUGCCCUUGCUGGCUGUUUCAUCCCCUCAGUACCAGGAUGCAGUUGCCAUGGUGAUUAGUAGAGCCAAUCAAGUUUACAAUGAAUUUCUCAAAUCUACAGAUGGGGCUGGUUUUAAUGGACAGGUGUGUCUCAUUGGUGACUGCAUUGGAGGAAUUUUGGGCUUUGAUGCCAUCUGCUAUAAUUCUAAUACAGCUGACGAGAGUCGGAACAGUAGCAGGAGAGGAAGCAUCAGCAGCAUCCAGGAUAAUCCCCUUUUAGCAGAGGACUCCAGUCUAGGGGGCAGCAAGCGCCUGAGCAAAAGCAAUAUUGACAUCUCGGGAAUCAUGGAGGAUGAGAAGCCGUUGCCGAGGAAACAGAGUGACUCAUCCACCUAUGACUGUGAUACUAUAACCCAACAUCAUGCUUUCCUGUCUAGCAUCCACUCAAGUGUGUUGAAAGAUGGUGCAGACUUUCCUCCUGUGAAUUCCAGUCUCUCAGAAGUAAACCUGGGCCGAUUUGAGUUUGAGGUGUCUGAUUUCUUCCUCUUUGGAUCGCCGCUUGGUUUGGUGCUGGCCAUGAGGAGUACUGUUCUGCCUGGCCUGGAUGUAUGCCAGGUCCGCCCAGCCUGCAGCCAAUUGUACAGUUUCUUUCACUCUGCUGACCCCUCUGCCUGCAGACUUGAACCAUUGCUGGAGAAAAGAUUCCAUCUCCUGCCUCCAUUCACUGUCCCGCGGUACCAGAGAUACCCACUAGGGGAUGGAAGAUCUCACCAGUUAGGUGAUGCUAUCCACAACCACAGUGCUCUGUUCCUUGAGAACAGCUCUAUGAACAUACCUUUCUCUCAGGAGAGUCCUGGAUCUCCAAAAGCAUCUGAUCAACCACAAGGAAAAACAAGAAAGUUGAGCUUGGCCAGCACAAACAGUAAAAACUCAGGGUCAACGGAAAGCUUGCCAUCAGCAUACCUCACCAACAUUACUGCAAAGUGGUGGGGAACAAAACGAAUAGAUUAUGCCUUGUAUUGUCCAGAUGUGCUGACAGCCUUUCCAACUGUGGCCCUGCCACAUCUCUUCCAUGCCAGCUACUGGGAAUCAACAGACGUUGUGGCCUUCAUUUUAAGACAGGUGAUGAGGUAUGAAAAUGUAAAUUUCAAGGAAAAUGACAACCUGGAUCCAGCAACAUUAAGUCCAUCCAAUCCACGAGAAAAAUGGCUGCGCAAAAGGACACACGUCAAAUUGAGAAAUGUGACUGCUAAUCACCGAGCUAAUGACGUCAUUGCAGCAGAAGACGGUCCUCAGGUACUAGUUGGGCGCUUUAUGUAUGGACCUCUGGACAUGGUAGCUUUAACAGGUGAAAAGGUUGAUAUCUUCAUAAUGACUGAGCCGUCUUCGGGUAGGUGGGUGUACUUUGACACAGAGAUAUCCAACAGCAGUGGCCGGAUAUCCUACAACAUACCCAAGCAGAAGAGACUGAGAGUUGGUGUGUAUCCCAUCAAAAUGGUGGUCAGAGGGGACCAGAGCAGUGCCACAAGUUACCUGACUGUGCUUCCCCGGGGCAUGGAAUGCGUCGUGUUCAGUAUUGACGGUUCGUUUGCAGCAAGUGUUUCAAUUAUGGGAAGUGAUCCCAAAGUCCGAGCUGGGGCUGUUGAUGUUGUCAGGCAUUGGCAGGACCUGGGAUAUCUGAUUAUCUAUAUUACUGGCCGUCCAGAUAUGCAAAAACAGCGUGUGGUUUCAUGGUUGUCUCAACACAACUUCCCACAAGGGAUGAUCUUCUUCUCAGAUGGACUUGUUCAUGACCCACUGCGACAAAAGACCAUUUUUCUCCGGAAUCUCAUGCAAGAGUGCCACAUCAAAAUCUGUGCCGCAUACGGUUCCAUGAAGGAUAUUUCUGUGUACAAUGUCUUGGCUCUGUCGCCAUCCCAGAUCUACAUAGUUGGACGAUCAACAAAGAAAUACCAGGCACAGUGUCAAUUCCUCAGUGAAGGUUAUGCAGCCCACUUGGCCUCGCUGGAGUUCAGUCUCCAUUCACGACCCAAAAAGAACAACUCUCGGAUGAUCUUGAGAAAAGGCAGCUUUGGCCUCCACUCCCAACCUGAGUUUUUGCGCAAGAGAAACCAUCUCCGCAGGACUAUGUCUGUACAGCAACCUGACCCACCUUCUUUGAACCCCAAGCCAGAGCGUGCCCAGAGCCAGCCCGAAUCAGACAAAGAUCAUGACAGGCAUUUGCCCUCCAUUGCUUGGGUUCGAGGUGGAGUUCACAAAUUUGAAUCUGUCCCCUAGGAAGCUUGGGAAUAUAGAUCUUGGGUGCACCCCAUUAAACUUGUAGGCAUGUCUCAAAGAUAAUAUUUAGGCAGCUUCAAACUAAGAGAUGUAGAGGGGAACCUGUACCUCGGAGUCUUCCCUGCUCUGGAUUCUGCCUUCUUACACCAACUGGGGAACUUCCAGUCUGUUCCUCUUGACAUGUUUAUUGGGAAAUUUUAAAACAAUCUAAAGCUAUUGCAAGUGCUUAUAACAUCAAAGCAACAGGAAAUAUCUUUGGUUAUUUUUUACAACAGAUAUAAUAAAACGUGCAAUAAGAGAAAAAGCUGUAACAGGCUGAUUUUACUCACAAGGAUUGUGGUAUCAGCUAACUAGCUGCACCCAAAACAGUACAAACAGUAGGUCCCACAGAUUACAGAGAAGGUUUACACUUCCAACGUUAAAUAGUUUUAUCGGUUUCCGCUUCACUUUCAAUAAAGGGAUAGACUUGCAAGGGAAGCAGAGGUGGGAACUACAAUAAUGGCGGGGUCAGGAUUUGUACAGCGAGAUGCUUUUUGGGUGCCUUAAACCCAAGAUUUGCUUUCAGCUUGCAGUGCUGGUCAGCAGACCCCAGCAUGAGCACUCAUGUUUGUGUGAGGUGCUGGACAUCAAGUAAAUGGGAGGACUCCACUUAUGAACCAAAUCGUAAAAAAUUCAUGUUAGAAAUAAAUGUCUGCCACAGUUUGAAGCAGUUAGUGUUGCUGUAUACAAAGUAACGUGCAAGUGUACAAAAAUCACAUUGUUUUGUGGAACUUGGUGACUGUGCAAAAUGUGCGGACUACUCACAUGGAGAUGGCUCUGACCAUCUCAGUCCAAGAGACAGAUCCUAAGAUGGUAAGCUAAAGGGAGCCCUUUUACUAAGGGGUCUACAAACUUGAGGGCAAUCACUUUUUUCAUUUUUCUAAUUAGAACCUUGACACUGGAGGAGGAAAAAAAGUAAUGGAAUUCCUACGGGUAAAUUGUUUACCUUCUCAUGCUUUAGAGCAAUGGCUGUGUUACAACAAUCUGAAUUACAGCAUUCAGAAUUACAGCACUUGAGCUUCAAAGAAUGGACAUGCUAAAUUACAGGUGCCAAAUAGACGUUUUCCUACUGAUUUAAAUUUUUCUCGAUGAACUUACUAGAAGUAAAAUGUGUGAAAUUUUCCCUAAAUGGUAAUAUUUCUAAAGUGUUGUAGUUAGUUUAACACAGUAGCAGUUUGCAGAUUCUUCAUGCAGAUACUGCCACUGCACUAAAUUCACUGAGAGGACGUUAAUGACUGAACUGAAACAUGUUUUAAAACCUGCAAUGAAAUUACAAGUGCACGUAGACCCCCUUUUCUUUAAAAGUUAAAACAAGACUGUUGACACUGAGAAAGCUUGAAGUCAAUAGAUUUCUUUUUCAGGGUGGUUUGUUUGCUUUUAAUUUCUGGGAGUUGGGUUGGAGAGGGUGUCAUGCCUUCCCCCACCACCCACUUACUUUCAGGUUUUCCUAGUCUGUAUCUACACCAGAAACAAGCCUGUUGGUUAGUGAUUUUGAAAGCUGAUGUGUAAAGCAAACAAGAAAUGCAAUGGAAAACUAUUAAGACAGUGCAGAAGUAAACCUAAGUCUGUACUCCCUCUUCACCCAAAAGUUUCAUUGUGCUUUUGCCUUAAAAGGCACCAAAGUAGCUUAUAAAUGGAGAUCUUUCUUUGAUUUAUUUUUUUAGACAUUAUUCGGCACAUCAGUAAUUUGUUUCUAUAAUGCUUCCUUUAAGGGAAGCCGUAAAGAUAUUAAAAGUUUGGUAGCUCACACUAAUUGUGAGCAGGUACCUACGUUACAGGGGGCUGGGUUUUUAUGCUCUGUUGCCAAGUCAGCCAGCUACCAGAGCUAAAUGAAAGAUACCCACAAACCACAUUGAAGCAGUCUUCAGGUUUACAGUGCUUUCCUAGUAGCUUCACACCUAGUUCUUUAACCCACAGAUUUGGAGGAAAUACUGCGUGUUCUGUCUUGGCUCACUGUGUGUAUUAAUUCUACUCACAUAGUCCAUUUCUCCUCCUGUCCUCUGCAGCGAGGAGAUUGCACCGGUACACCAGGCUCCAUCUCCCUCCAUUUGGUUCACUGUUAGCACGCUCCUGAUUGAUUGUUAGUUUUGAAUAGAGGAGGGAAUCCAACGCUUGUGACAUCAGUAAGCAAAUUUUAAAUUUGAUGAGGGGACCUGAAACCAACAUCGAUUGACUGCGAAGUUCUUUUUAAGCACUGGGUGUUGUGUAUCACGUCUCCUGCCAGUAAUCGCUGUUGCUGCUGCAAAGUUCAAAGCUAGUGUUGCUUUAGCCAUCUACCUCUAUCAUCCAAGAGACUCCAAAAUCUAUUUUUCAUUUUAAGUUGCUGUAGUAGAAAGGGCUGCUUCCUUUCAAAAGAGGGAUCUGUGUGUAACUCUGUGACUGUGUUAAAGGAACCAGUGUCUGAGCACACGAUUAGAGAAAUCUCCUAGGUUGUUAAGGUCUGUUGUACUCUUGCAGACACAAUGUCAUUUUGCAGGGUACCAUGUCAUGAAAGUUCGGAUUUUGUGUAUUUCUAUUAAUAACUGGGUCACCUUUACAAUAGUCACUGUGCUGGCUUCUCUUAAGAUUAUGUAAAACAAAUGCUAGUGUGUGUGUGCAUGAUUUAGAGUGGUAACGAUUUCGAAGUUUCUACACAUGGUAUUGAAAUCAAGCUAAAAAUAUUUUCCCUGCCUUGAUUACCUUCAAUAUAUGAGAGCUUAUGUGGCCUUUGCAUAAUUCCAACACUACUUAUUGCUCAGGGAUAGAAUGGUUUAUCUCCUGAUCACACACCUCCAGCUGAGCACUUUGGCAAACAGCGACACAGGCAUUAGGUUGCAGGUUCAUGCUUCAUGUUAAUUAGGAGCUGAUCUUCUGAAACAUCAGAUGCCAGACGCAUUUGUUUUGAAAGCACUAGCCAGUUGCCACUAAAAUGGUGAAACAACUUCUGUUGUAGCUGAGAGUAUGAGCAAAAGAGGAGUGUGAUUUUAGACAUCUCACAACUAGGCCGGCAGUUCCACAAACGCCCUGUGGCGAUGGCUGGGGACCUCACACGUAUUGAACCACUGUUGGGUUUUCUCCCAGCCGUGCUUGGGGCCAUCCCUGAGGUUUGCCUGUUGAAUCACUAGUUUUAUAGCAUAAUUUUUCAAUCGUGUUUCCUCUUAAAACGUUCCCCUCUGGUCAGAAUUUUAGUUAUAUGCUUUGUCCACAUGUAACUGCAUGCAGUGGCUCAUGGACAUUCACUUUGCAAUUGGAUUCCAGUUUUACUUGUGCUUUCACAGAAGGAUUAUUGGUCCUCCCAAGCAGGCCCUUUGCUGAGGCCGAGCCUGGUCCUGCGGUCGUCUCGCUCUGCGAUGGCAAGUCCUCCGUGCUGCAGUCUCCGCAGCCAGAACUUCCUUCAGCUUUACAGGCCGUGGAGAUGC